CCGCGCAUGCGCAACAGGAAACUCCAUGAUCUUCUGGCACUGGAGCCCAGGGAAAGGAAAACAGCCACUGAAAAGAGAGAGAGACAGGGGAAGCUGGGAAAUCCAGCAGGAACCACAGGCCUGAACCAGACAAACAUAUAACCUGCCCCUUUUCCUCGUAGCGAAAAGACCCCUAAGGAUGGAAACAGGUAUUCAGUGCACCUUGUGAUCAACCUCCUUCCUAUGAACCCAGACAUUCAGCCUCUAGUAAAACAGCAACCCCCCACUGCCUGCCCAGAGGAGCCUAAGGAGGGGCUGCUGCAAGAACAACAACCAACAGACAGCAAACACAACAACAACAAUGAAGGGGGAGCAAUAAAAAAGGGGAAAUAUUUAUUGCCCUUUGUUGUUCUAUUUAUUUCCCCCCACUGCUACAAAAGACCUGCAGGGAAAGACUUGGAGGCUGUGAGAAGAACUGAGCAGACUGCCUGGUUGUCAAAGCAAGAAUAAGCUGUUCUGCUAAAGAUACAUAGACAAAGAAACCUAUUCAUUGGAUCCUCCCAGUAGAAAGUAUCCGACUGAAGAAUAUCAACAACCACCAGUCAGCUGCAUGGAUGAGUCAUACAACAUGGAUCCUUAGCAGGCCAAAUUGGCUGGUGUUUUUCAGUGCCAAGAGAGGCCUUGUGGAACAAACUUGAUUUAGACUCUGUCCAGCUUCCCUCCACGGGGACCCGAUACUGUGACUGCACUAUGGUGGGCAGCGAGGAUCACAUGCAGACUUAACACUCAUUCUGUGCCGCGAUGAGCAGAACCGUGUUGAUGGGAUGCUCUGCCAUGAUAGGUACAAGAGAGAAGAGAGAGCAAAAUGAAUGGCGGCAAUGAGAGUGGAGGAGGAGAUAACUAUGGAGGGACCUCAGCGGUCCAAGUGCCAAUUGGCUGGCAGAGGAGGGUGGAGCCUGGCACUGUGGUGUAUGUCAGUCCGAGUGGUACAUUUCUUACCUCUAUGGAUCAAAUAAGAACUUACCUUGUGACUGAUGGAACCUGUAAGUGUGGGUUAGAGUGUCCUCUUAACAUCUACAAGGUUUUUAACUUUGACCCCAAGGCAGUUGUUAAGAAGCGCAGUGCUGAGGAUGUUAAGGCUGAGGAAGACAUGACCAAACUGUGCAACCAUCGUAGGAAAAUUGUGGCCCUUGCCACUCUGUACAAGAGCAUUGAAAGUACUCCCCUUGCACUACAAAACCAAGCUACUGGAUGUGCCUCCACUCAAAACUUUCAUGGAACAUCCACUAGCCCAAAGAUGGGACAGCAUCCCUAUUCUCUGGAUCCUGACAUUUUCACCAAACUUAUGAUGGAAAAAACUCACAGUUUGCCUGCACACCACCCUGUGGAUAAAGGCUUAGAUCACAAGCCAGACCCCUUUGCUACCAGUCCAGGAGAAAGGUACUCUGUACACCGUCCCAGUAAUCGAACUGCUGUUCCCAGGCAGCAAGGGACAUCCCUGGGUGAGCCCCAUGCUUUAAGGAACUGUCAAAUACCAUCAAAUGGUAGUUAUGAGAUGUAUCCCAGGACUCAACAAGCCAUAUCCCAUGAGCUGUGCUCUAUCUCUUUUACACAACCUAAGUCUUCCCAAAACCGAUUGACAUACCCUUCGUGCAGUCAGGAACUUCAAAAUUUGUCCCCCAAGUCCUUGCCUCUAAGCUCUUGUAGUUUUGUGCCAGGUGGCACCUUCCCCAGAACACUAGAUGAAUCUUCUCAGGGUCCACGACGGCCAUUUGCCUUCCCUGAAAAGGAUCCACUUGGCAUUUUGGACUCCAGCUAUUGCAGGCCACCUAGUCCAAAGCAUCACCCACUGAACUCUCCACCACCCAUCCAUUCUCAGGUUCCUAUAAUGAACCCACACCCACUUUCUGAUCAUAAUCCUGGAAAUCGCUGUUCUCCAGUGGUUUCUACACACUACUCUGCAUUCUCUAGGGGGGGAGUUCUGACAUCUCCUUCCACUACUAGGUCAUCGAUGUCCUCCAUUUCCUCUCCAGCUGGCAGUGUUGAACCAUCCCCUCAGCGUUCUCGCCACUCCUCUGCUUCAUCUGAGCACUUCCCUGGCCCUUGUAGGUCAAGUUCUAGAUCUCCACGGCCUGUUGACUCUCCUAAACGCUCUGUUCCCCCUAGUCCAAAAGCAAUACUUGAAGGCCUUCCUCCAUUAGGUCAGAGUCACCUGGGAUCCUCCUCAAAUGCCAGCCAUGCCUUAACCCACCAAAGCAAUAAAACAACACCACCUGUGUCUUUGGGAGCAGCACAAGGAUUAUUGGGUUUUCCCCUUGGAUGCAUUUUAGGCCAGCAAACUAAUGCCUCCUUUCCAGCCAGUAGCCUUCUUACAGCAGCCGCCAAGGCUCAAAUGGCAAAUCAAACCAAACCAGAAGCCACCGCCCCAAGCACUUUACCAAGUCGGCUGCUGAACCCAAACACCUUGCUUUCCACUGCUGGCACACACGAAUGUCGGGGAAUCCCUAGCAGGACUUCCUCCCAGAGAAAAGAUGUAAUGAUGAAGCGUAAAAGACAGAGGAAUUCUCCAGGCCUUGAUAUUAGUCCACAUGAUACUAGUGGGCAGUUACUUCCACCCACUAGUCCUAGUGGACAUGCUAAAUUUAACCCUGGCAUAUCUAAACUGGCAGGGAUUGGGGUACUGCUUGAAGAUGAUGUGGGAAAAUCCAAAGUUUUUCAUUCACACUUAGCUGCUGGUCAUACCCUCUUAUCUACUCAAACAUCUAACCCAUCAGUUGUGGAAUCCCCAAGCCAAAGCAAAAAUCCCAGCCUCUCACCUGCUUCCCAGGACCUCAGCAGCCAUCUUCUUGGCCUUGUAGGACAGCUAGUCCAGACAGCUACAGAGCAGAACUCAGGGACUACAUUACCACUGAAGUUACCUUCAACCCCCAUUGUAACAAAUCCUGCUUCUUCAACUUUUCGACCCAACCAAUCCCCGGUUGCAAAGGCCUCACCUGCUCCCAGCCUGGCUCCGAGCAACAACAGUGAAGGCAGCAGUGAGUUACAGUGCCCACUGGGCCCUGCUGGAGACGGCUUUUCCUUCUUGGGCCAGGAGCAGGUCCUGCCAUUUGCUGCUUCCCCUGCUCUGUUGAACUUAGCACUGCUGGGGUCAUUGCCACUCUCCCUCAGCUUGAACCAGCACCAACAGCUUCUGAAUCAAGGUCUGUUCAAUUUGCUAUCUUCAUCUUUGCUGGGUAAUGCAGACCUUGGCCUCCUGGGGCUCCAGAACCCACCUCUAGCCUUGCCUUCAGCUGUGGGAGACCCAGAGAGCAACGCUCUUCAGACUUUGCUAAUGGCAUCUCUUUUACAUAACCCCCUAUUACCAUUGGGGGGGCUUGGACUUCCACAACUUGACAUAUCACAGCAGAACCAACAACAAAGCAACCUCCUGUCAUCUUUAGCUCCACUUUUGGACUCUCUAUCCACAGCACCAACUGACACAACUGAGAAAACCGAAGCUCCCUUAGCCGUGCCUGAGAAUUUCACGGACAAUUCGCUCCAGUCACUACUCUUCCCUCCUGUCUCUGCCUCAUCUGCUCUUUUGGCACUAAACUCAGCACUUCUGGCUGCCAGUCUUGGGGCUGUUGACUCAUCCACCUGCCAAGGACAGAACGCCAUCAGUACAACCUCUGCUGCAUCUGCCUCCAUUACCACAACCACUAACUCUGCCUUACCAGAGGGGAAAUCUACAUCCGAUCCACACAGCCCAUUCCAUCUCCAGCAAUCACAGGCUCCCACUGGCCGGCUUAACUCUCUGAUGCCACCUCUGCUUAACCCUCUGCUUACUGCUGGAUUGUUAGGAGACCUUGCAGCACUGAAUACAAAUGCUAAUGCCCAGAUGCAGAGUCUCCAAACUCUUUUGGGAGCACAGACCCUACUCCCAAACCAGCAGUCAUUUUUCCCCUCACUACCAGGAGUCCUAGGGAUGCAGAUGUUACAGGGUCAGUCGGUUAUGCAAGGACAACGCACAAACCACCAGGCCAAUACUGCAUCAUUAUGUGAGAAAGAUGUCCACCUAUCUUCACAACCUGAAGGUUCCACUACUCUCACAGCUCAAACACAGUCAGCUUAUCAGCAGACUCCUGACUCUCUGCCCUCUCAGAAGUUGGACGUGGUUGGGAGGUCUCAAACUUUACCGCUUCCUCCCUUGCGACCUGGUUCUUCUUUUGCUUCCAACACCUCAAGUGCCUUUGAAACUGGACCUGCUCCCAAAGGCCCUACUUUUCAGGGACCAUCCCGUGCUGACAUCCCCCCUGAUACACCAUCUGACCCCCCAAGAACAGAUACCUUGCCCCAGUCAUUAGAUACUCUUUCCUCAGAGACAGAAUCAGAAGCAUCUCCACUUAAAAGGUGCCGGCUGCUAACUGAUUCUGUACUCUCUUCUGAGGUGCCCAAUGGAGCUACUACAAACCUUUUAUCAUGGAUGGGCUCUCACCAUCCUUCCAAUGCCUUAAGUUUUCCUGAAAUGGAGCUUACCAAAGGCAAGGAGCAAGGAUUCAGGUUUAAUGGUCGGGCACGGGGGGAAAGGUACUAUAGUCGUCGGCCUCGAGGGGAUAGACUUUCCAACUCCCGUCACUCUUCAUACUGGAGGUACAAUGGAGGGGAUACAGUACAGAUUGAAGGGGAAAUAAUGGAACACAGACAAGAACUGACACAAUCGGUGCUUGGAAUCCCUCCCUUUACUUCUCACUGGCAGGAAGAGGGUGGGCAGCUAAGGGAGCAGGAGGUGGAGGUGCCACCCCAGCUGCUGAAACGCUCCCGGAGAGGAAGAAGGCGAGGUCAAAAUUCACAGCGGAUAUGCACUCGGCUAGAAACGGUUUCCUCGAAGUGGGCGGCCACAGACCCUGCAAAUGGUUUAAGUGUUGACCGGCCCAUCAUCCGGCAGAAUAGACCUGGUCGCCCAGCCAAGAAUCGGAGGCGGAGGAUGAUUUAGCAAAUCUGUUACCUGCGUCUCUUAUUCUGCUCUCCUUCUUCCCAGCACCUCACAGGCUUUACUACAAAUGCACUUCCCGAGGUUUCCUACCUCACAAAAUUUGUUUUUAUUAGGAAGCAUCAGACCACCUUGUUACUCAAUUCAGGAGAGAAUCAGCACUCUUAUACCAGUCACGCAUCUACACAACCAGUGAAUCCUAUAGACCUGGCAUUUCUGUGGCAGUUUUCUUACAUUAAAUAAUGAGAUCCAUCUUUUAUGGGGCAUUAUGUCAUUUGGAUCUACAGUAUAUAUAAAAUGAAAAGAUUUCAGAUAUUUAUUCAGCCAGAUUUAGCCUCCUAUACUUCAACUUUUUUAAUCCCAGUGGUAUUACAGGUUUCCUUUGGCACAAACGUAUUUUGUCCACUUUGGAAGCAGUUAUCUAAAGUUUUUAUACACCAGUUUGUGGGUAUUUUGCCAGGAGACACCAUCUUUUCCUUGCCUGUUUGUAUUCUUUGAAUUAAACCUGCCUGUGAAUCUUUGACGUACUUUCAUGAUACAGAAAGUGCUCAAGGUAUUACAACUUAAAACCUGUGUUAUUGUAAUAGCUGGAAGGGGUUUUUACCAAGCAUAUUGUUUUGUUACCCCACCAACAGACUGUACAGUGGAUAUACUGCCUCGUUUGCUCUUAAAAGCACAAAUUCACAUGAUCUGCCUUCUCUUACCUGUUGGUUGUGUCUUGUUUUUAUGUUGUCCUUUACAUGUCUUGCUUUUUAUUUAUGUCUCUUAACUUCUCUCUCUCGUGAGCUCACCAGUCCUCACUUCUUUUGUGACUCCCUUAAGGCAGACUUGAUAGAUGACAUUUUAUGUUUAAAGGAAGAGAAGCAUGUUUGUUAGAGCUCUGGUGUAGGAUUCCUUGUGCUGUCACCCUAAGUUACUAUUGAUUUAUGUAAACCAGGCUUAUGCAGAUCAUCAUAAUAAGUGAAAAACGGAAUUCACUGCAUGAUUUGUAUAUCUCUGUUAUCUUUGCAUGCAGGAUGCAUUGGACAGCAUUCCAGUAUCAUUACACCAGUAUGCCCAGUUGCCUUUCCAUAUUUAUUUGUAAUCCCAAUUAAAGAAAGGCAUAUUAAGUAUCUUUUAUAUUUUUAUUGUAACAUAUUUUUAUCACUAUAAAUUCUUACUUAAAGAACUGGUUGCCUUUUUAACUGUGCUGAAUGUAUAGCCAUAAUAUACUGCAGGACCAAGCUACUUAUCUUGCUGAGGGGUAAACAGCUUGCCCCCUAAAUUAUUGAGAGGUCCCACAUACAUUUGUGGUCUGUUCAAUCCAUCAGAAUUAACAUGUAAAGUCAUUCCAAUACAUUUUGAAAAUAGUGGUAACUCACAUAUAAGCUUUUCAAAGUGUGGCAUGAGAACACCCACCUAUACCAGGCACACACAUCGGGCAUAUUGGCUAGUACAAUGCUGCCUGGUUUUGUUGGCUGCAAUUGUAGUGCUUAAAGGGACAGUCUACUUGAAAAUUGUUAAAUCCAUUUAUUACCCAUUCCCCAGUUGUUCAUUAACAACACUUAUAUUAAUAUACUUUUUACCUCUUUGAUUAGCUGUACCUAAGCCACUGUAGAUUUCCCCUUAUCACAGUGUUUUUUACAAUCUUGCGUUUUAGCCAAUCAGUGCUGGUUCUUGCAUAACCAUUAUUGUUCUCCACAGGUGUGAGCACAAUGCUAUCUAUAUGGCACACAUGAAUUAGCACUGUCUAGAAUAACAUAGUGUUUACUGCACUUGUAUUUCAAUAACCAAACUCCACCAACCAAUCUGGGUUUGAGUCUGCAGCUGACAAAGCUAGCUAGUCAUUAAGUUGGUAAAAAGUGCAUUGUAUAACAGUACUUAUCUGUUAAAGCCAAGGAUUAGCCUUGAUAAGUCUUCAGGGUGCACUUUCUGUAAUGAAAAAUAGAAAAGUUAUAACUUUCAGAGCUUAAAGGGCCAUAAUAAUCUAAAAAUUACAUGUUCUAAUUCAUUAGCGCAUGUAAUUUUAAGACUAUCGACCCUACACUACUAGCGGUUAACCACACCGUCAAACUGCUGCUCAGGACCCAUAAAGCAAGCGGAAGCCACCACUGAUGCAAUCUGCAGCGCUAGUUGCACAUCUCAACGUGUUUACGCUCCCUUUAACUAUCUGCCAUGUUUUAUUUCUACUUGGUCCGAGCAUCCUUUGCUUCUGUGAGAAUCCUUGCAAACCUCCUUUUGCAGUUUUUCAUUAGUUUGUAAAUUAUUACUAGAUUUUGUUGUCAUAUUGGUUAAUUUAUUCAAGCAGUUUACUAAUUCAAACAUCAGCUGUUUUUUACAGAAAAAAAAAUCCCUUAAGCUGCCAUAUGAUGAUUUUUUAAUGGAAAUUCUGAUGGAAUGAAGACGAUAGUGGGAUAGUGCUUCCUCAGGAUAAACUUGAUGGAGAUUUGACUUUCCUUCUCUCAUAAGUGAAAUUACAGGGCUAGCCUUACUUUUUAGGAAAAUCUGGAUGCUGGGGAGUGAAGACAUUAAAACAGCACUGACCUCACUUGUACUUACGUUUAUAGGACUACACAGUGGCGCUACUGGAAAUGAUAUUCUCAUCCCGUGUGCAGCGGCUAAAAUAGGCAAUACCAGCCGUUUAAAUAGAUUAUACAUGAUAUGGUAAGAGAAAUUAGUGGUGCCCUGUAAAUACUACAUACAUAAAUAGAGCCCUUUAAAGUCUUUGUUUAAUAUCAACAAAGUCAGUUCUCUGUGCCCUAGAUAAAGAACUAUUUAAAAAAUCAACACAAAAAACAUUAACUACUUUUAUAUUAAUUUCUUGAAGCUAUAAUAUUUCCAACACAGCAAAAGACUCCAUGAUGUCUCGUUUAUCUAUUACAGAUGAGAUCAGAUAAAGUUAAUUGCAGUGAUUUUUAAAUAUUAAUAUACAAUGCUGUACAUGUAGAAAACCAAGACAUACAUUGGCUGCAAUUAAUAUCUAGCAUAUCUUACGUAUCGUGUUAUCAUUUUGUAUAAAGGGAUAAAAAGAGCCAUAGAAAUGUUACACUUAUUUAUUACUCCCAAAACGGCAGGAAAUACAGUAGCUGGGGAUAGAUGCAUGUCAUGGGAACACAGUCUGGAUCUGGAUCAGAACUAGAUUGAUUUUCUUAACCUGUUGAUUUUAAGUAAUGUCUGGGGGGGAAAUAAGAAAUCAAAUGAGUUGAUGCCCUGUUACCGCACACUACAGUUAACUCAAUGCAGACCCGUCACUGACUCAACUUGUGUCUUGUAUCUCUCAUGUUUCCAAUACAUUUUGUCAGCACUUUGGUUCUGUGCUUUCAACAUUUUGUGGAGUGGAGAGCGCUAAAGAGUUCGCUCAAUUAUGCAAAUGUACAACCUGUUAUUUGUGUUUGUAAAUAUUGUAUAGUCCCAGAUGUAUAGGCUUACAGCAAAACAAAGGAAAACCCUUUUGUAUAAUUUUCUGUCUUUUCAUGUAAAAUAUUUCCCACUUUUAAGUUUUAAUAUUUUUUUUGUAAAAAAAAGAAGAAAAAUCAAAAAAAGGAAAAACAAAAUGACAACUUUUACAAUUGUGAAUUUUAGCUUUUUAUAUGGAAGUUGACUUUAAUUUAACAGAUGAAAAUAUUUUGAAACAUUUUUAGAUUUUAUGUUUUUUUUGAUUAUUGAGGGGUUGUUUUAUUUUGUAUCAAGUAUUAAAUGAAAAGUGUGGUAAAAUGUUAAA